AUGCUUAUGUUUUACGAUGCUGUAUUUUUUUACAAAGACAUUCUGCUGAACGUCUUCUUGGCCAUUGCCGUGGACAACCUCAGCGAUGAGGACGAUGAGUACGAUGAGGACGGCAGUGGGGAUCAACUGGAUGACGACGGUGGCACUAAACAGGAUGGAGCCAACGCAGCCAAAGAGAAAUCCGCUUUGGAGUCCUACAUGGAGCUUACCUAUGAUGAGAUGUUUGCCGAAGAGGAUGACGAAAAUGACGCGCGCAAUGUGGCCGCAAAAUUCGAGGCGGCGAUUAAUGCGAGCAGUCCGCAGAGUAUCCCGCCGCACUCUGCCUUCUUCAUUUUUUCUCCGACCAAUAAAUUCCGCGUAUUUUGCCACAACAUCGUGUCUUCACCGAUCUUCACGAAUAUGGUGCUGGCCUGCAUUCUCAUCAGUAGCGCCCUGCUAUCUGCCGAGGAUCCCUUGAAUUCCUACUCCUUUACCAACAAGGUAUUAAAUUACUUCGACUUCUUCUUCACCAGCGUCUUCACAAUUGAAAUUACCCUGAAGAUGAUUGCUCAUGGGUUCAUUAUGCACGAGGGUGCCUUCUGCAGAAGCAUGUUCAACUUACUCGACCUCAUUGUGGUCUUCGUGGCUCUGAUUUCCUUCGUGCUUGAAAAUGAAGCUAUCUCUGCCGUCAAAAUCCUUCGAGUCUUGAGGGUUUUGCGUCCACUGAGAGCCAUCAAUCGGGCAAAGGGUUUGAAGGUUAGUUCCACGGAUGCCGCGAUUUUAAUCCGCCAGGGAUGA